AUGGAUUUCAACCACACCCCGAAUCUUGGAAGCAUCGAUCUCCAACUUUUGGCCCAAAUUGUGGCGCAAAUCGCUAGUAUGCACUCUGCAUCGACGAAAUCAACUGUGAGCCCUCAUCUUGAUUUGGCUAGUCCUUAUUAUUUGCAUCUAGCGGACAGUCCAGGUAACCCCUUGAUUUCUAGGGUUCUUGAUCAUCAGAAUUAUCACAGUUGGUCGCACUAUAUGCUGUUAGCGCUUAAAUCAAAGAAUAAAUUGGCCUUUAUUGAUGGUACUCUCCCGAAGCCACCCAUAGAUGACUCGUUGUUUGAAGUUUGGGAUCGUUGCAAUACUUUCGUCGUCUCCUGGAUUCAUCUUUCUCUAAGUAGUGACAUUGCUCAAAGCGUAAUGGGAAAUAGUAUAGCCAAGGAUUUAUGGCAGGAACUCAAGAAUCGGUUUUAUCAAGGGGAUGUCUUCAAGAUUGCUGAGCUCCAAGAAAAGUUGUUCUCAAUCAAGCAAGGUGAUCUGUCUGUCACUCAUUAUUUCACGAAACUCAAAGGAAUUUGGGAAGAUUUGGAAACUUUCAGACACACCGAAAUGCACCUGUGUCUUUGA